CGUGGCCUUGCUUCUCAUUAACGCUGUUUCCUGUCUCUUCAACAGAGACUCCGUUGUGGAAAUGCUGUUUGAACAGGACAACGAAGAGACAUCUGUUGCCACUUUGAUCUUAGAUUCACUUAUUCAGUGUCCAAUAGACACCAGGAAGCAGCUGGCAGAGAACUUGGUGAUUAUCGGUGGCACCGCGAUGUUGCCGGGAUUCCUUCACAGGCUCAUGGCUGAAAUCAGGUACCUGGUGGAGAAACCGAAGUACAAAGAGGUGCUCGCCACCAAAACCUUCCGGAUUCACACUCCGCCUGCCAAACCCAACUGUGUGGCCUGGCUGGGAGGAGCCAUUUUUGGAGCCCUUCAGGACAUCCUCGGGAGCCGGUCUGUGUCCAGAGAGUAUUACAGCCAGACAGGCCGCAUCCCCGACUGGUGCUGCCUUAACAACCCUCCGCUGGAAAUGAUGUUUGACGUUGGGAAAGCACCCCCGCCGUUGAUGAAGAGGGCUUUUUCUACCGAGAAAUAAGCACCUAAGUGCUACACAAGGAUCCCCCUCUCUUUCAAGUAGACAUGUA